CCUCAUUUGUUUAGGCUAGCUCAACGUUUACUUAUUUAACUAGCUACUUGGCAAACAUUGCACUCCGAUCGAUCAACAAUUUGAAUUCCUUCUUCCAUGGGCACAGAUACCAUUCUUUCCUUCUUGAUUAUAACCAUCUGCUUUGCUUUCUCAAAUGCAGCCCAUACUGACCACCCAUCAUCACUAUGUACCCAAACUCCAUACCCUCAACUUUGCGAGUCUCUCUUUGUUGUCCAUAAACUACAAAAUAGCUCCACCGUUCGGAAUUUGGCCCUCGGCGCAACACUAGCUCGCGCUCAAAGUGCCCAUGACCAUAUAUCUGCUAUGGGCACCACCCCAUUCCCAUUCAACCAACUAGCCAAUUUAGCCUGGGCCGAUUGCGUCAACCUCUACGAAGACACGCUCUACAAAGUCCGCCGUGCCGCCGCCGCCACCACCACCACCAACGACGCUCAAACGUGGCUAAGCGCCGCCAUCACCAACCACCAAACGUGCCAGAACGGCUUCACAGAUUUCCAAUUACCCUUCAAUUUCCACCCUUUUCAUGACAUAGCAACUGACCUUUUAAAGCACCUUAGCAACUCGCUUGCCAUAAUCAACGCACUUGCUUUAUCUCCGCCGCCGCCGUCACUUCCUCCCACCGUCAAUGGGCGGGGUUCUCUGGCCGUGGGAUUUCCGAUUUGGCUUUCGAGGUCCGAGAGAAGGCUCCUACGGCCUAAUGUUGCGAAGAGUAGCGCCGAUAUCGUGGUGGCGCAGGAUGGGUCGGGCAAUUACGAGACGGUUUCUGAAGCCUUGGCCGCGGCGGCGGCGCUUAGUAGUGGCGGUGGUAGAUUUGUGAUAUAUGUGAAAAAAGGCGUUUAUGAGGAAAAUGUGGUGGUUACGGAUUCGAUGAAUAAUUUUAUGCUGGUGGGAGAUGGGAUCGAUGCUACUAUUAUAACAGGCAAUAGAAGCAUUGGGGAUGGCUAUACAACUUUCCAUUCCGCCACUUUAGCCGUGAUAGGAGAUGGUUUUAUGGCACGAGAGAUAACAUUCGAGAACACCGCCGGGCCUGAGAACCACCAAGCGGUGGCGCUUCGUUCCGGCUCGGAUUUCUCGGUUUUUUACCGAUGCAGCUUCAAGGGCUAUCAGGACACACUCUACGUCUAUUCUCAGCGACAAUUCUAUGCGCAUUGUGACAUAUAUGGGACGGUGGACUUCAUAUUUGGCGACGCCAUCGCCGUGUUGCAAAAUUGCACCAUUUACGUGAGGAAACCUAUGACCAGCCAGAAAAACUUUGUCACGGCCCAAGGGAGGAGUGACCCUAACCAAAACACCGGAAUUGUAAUCCACAAUUCCCAUGUGACUGCAACCGAGGACUUGAGAGCGGUGGAGAGCUCGUUCCCAACUUAUUUGGGUAGGCCAUGGGAAAAGUAUUCGAGGACGGUGUUUUUAACGUGUACACUUGACAGUUUAAUUGACCCAGAUGGGUGGUUUCCGUGGAUUGAGAAUGUUGCACAAACCUUGUACUAUGGGGAGUAUAUGAACACAGGCGAUGGUGCUCAAAUAAGUGGUCGGGUGAAAUGGCCAGGGUACCAUGUAAUCACAAGCGCUAUAGUAGCCCAAAAAUUAUCCGUCGGCGACUUUUUGGCAUGUGUAACGGAUUGAACAAGUUGGGCGGAGGUCAGUAACCCAUAAGUCCAGCAAUUAAUGGUUAAGGAGAUAUUGGACAGAGACCGGCGAAGGGUCAAGUUCACUGUACAAUUCUAUUUUUGAUUUUAAAGUUAAGCUUUUUCUGUAAGUAAUAAUCAUUUUUGGAGUAGUGAUAAGUUUUUAAUCCAAAGAGAACUGGUUAAUUUCUGUUACUCAUUUCCUUUAAUUUGUUAGCAGUUCGUUUGGCUGUCA